CAAAUCAAGCAUUUGCAUCUCCCUUUUCUCUCGAAGCACCCGCUCCGCUCCACUCCACUCGGCCGCUCUUCCCUUCUUCCGCGAUUCCCUCGCCCCCGCCUCUCCCCUCUUCCCCCCUCCUGCUUUCGAAAUUAUUUCGGUUCCUCCUCCCUUCCGCGGAACUACCAGGGCGGGCUUGCGCGCGGGGGCGGAAGAAGCGCGCAAGCUUAGCACAUGCGGACACCGUCGGGGCCCCGCCGCCAAGCUUGAAAGGUAGAAUUGGAAGGGGGCAUGGCUGGCGUGGAGGGGCAGCCGCCGCCUCAGAUCAGCAGCAUGUCCAAGGCGCAGGACGGUGGCACCAAGCCGAAUCUGGUCAAGGAGCACGUUCCGGGGAGCGAGCUCUGGACCGAUGGCCUCAUCUGCGCUUUUGAGCUCGUCAAGGGUCACAGGAAGCUGGUUCAUCACAAAUCGUUGCCAAAGAUUGAUCUCGCGCACAUGAAGAACCAGGCAGCUAGGAAUGGGCAUCGCGUUGUGAGCCCGGCACCGAAUGAGGGAGGUCUGGUGGAGAUCCCCGGCCAGGCGGAGCUUGGUAUCGAUCCUUUUGCGGUCAAAGACAGGCCAUCACAUGCUGGAGAUGUUCAUGAUCACAAGUGGGUGCCGAUUGGAUGGUCAAGGAUUGCUGAGCUGAGCCAGAGGGUUCAGUCAGAUGCUAGCUGGGAGAAUGAACAUGUGCCGAUAAGCGACAGUGAGGAUGAUUACACUGUAGCCGAUGUUGCGGCUCCGUACUGGCUGCGUCCUGGGGGACCUACAUGGUGGUUCCAUGUUACCGCAGGCCAUCCUUCCGUUGACGCAUGGUUGGGUAGUGCUCACUGGAUGCAUCCAGCUAUCAGAACUGCACUGAGAGAUGAAAGCCGGCUGAUAAGCGACCGGAUGAAGUACCUUCUCUAUGAGGUCCCAGUUAGAGUUGCAGGAGGACUGUUAUUUGAGCUUCUUGGUCAAUCAGUUGGGGAUCCAAAUCAUGAAGAGGAAGACAUACCCAUUGUACUUAGAUCGUGGCAGGCACAGAACUUUCUUUUAACUGCAAUGCAUGUGAAAGGUCCUUCAACCAAUGUAAAUGUUUUAGGAGUGACUGAAGUGCAGGAGUUGCUUAUUUCUGGUGGAAGUCAAACACCCAGAUCAGCUCAUGAAAUAAUAGCACAUUUGGUCAGUCGCCUUUCGCGAUGGGAUGACAGAUUGUUCCGUAAAUAUGUCUUUGGGGAAGCAGAUGAAAUUGAAUUGAAGUUUGUGAAUAGGAGAAAUAGUGAAGAUCUGAACCUAGUCAGCAUCAUAUUGAAUCAAGAAAUCAGGAGGUUAGCAACACAGGUGAUCAGGGUUAAAUGGUCACUGCAUGCAAGAGAAGAGAUCAUACUUGAGCUGCUCCGGCAUUUGAGGGGAAGUGCCACAAGAAUCAUUUUAGAGAGAGAGAGGAAGUCCGCAAGGGAGAUGUUGGAGGAGCAGGAAGCUGUCCGUGGCCGCUUGUUCACCAUCCAGGAUGUUAUGCAGAGCACUGUUCGUGCAUGGUUACAGGACAGAAGCCUUCGUAUCACCCACAACCUGGCUAUUUUCGGCGGUGGCGGCAUAGUUCUAUCCAUAAUCACUGGCCUCUUUGGAAUCAACGUGGAUGGCAUACCGGGAGCUCAGAAUACUCCGUAUGCUUUUGGGCUGUUUGCGGGGCUUCUCUUCUUCCUGGGGAUAAUCCUUGUUGGCGUUGGGUUGAUGUAUCUUGGGCUGACAAAUCCAGUAACCAGUGAGAAGGUGAAGGUGAGGAAGCUGGAGCUCCAGCAGCUUGUUUCGAUGUUCCAGCAUGAGGCGGAGCAGCAUGGGAAGGUGAGGGAAGGCCUGAGCCGGCACGGCUUGUCGCCGAGUUCCGCUGCGGCUUCGGGCGAUGAAGGCUACAUCCUGAUUUCCUGAUCUUGCUAAUGCCUCAAACUCUGAAAUAGUGUAAGCUCAGGCCACGCUGGGGAACCUGGUGUUUUGUCUGAGUAAAAUCCCGGCUAUCCCCGUGGGAAGUAAACUGAUUCCUGUCUGAUUGGUUCAUGUGUCCUCAACAGGCGUAUAGAAAAUGAUACACCCAACAGAGUAUCUGUGUGAUGAUUGUCACUGAGGAGUUGGUAUAAAAAUAUAGAGAGAGAUGUUCAAUGCGAUUUGAGUAACAGAUUGGAUCCUUA